UGAGAAAUAUUUCUUCCUUUUUUUUUUAACUAACCACUGCUAUUUAAAUUUCUUAAAAAAUAAUUUUAAUUCCCAUAAGAUAAAUGUCGGGGCAGUAAGAGAAAUUUGGAGGCGGAGAAGAAAUGUCAUUCUCGGCCAACCCCUUAUCUCUGAGCGUCCCCGAGCCCGCAUUCGAGUCGUGGCUAAGAGACCAUGGCUACCUCGAAAUCCUCGACCAACGAACCUCUGACCUCCACCGCCUCUCCACCACCACCGCCACUUCCUCCUCCUCCUCUUCCUCCGCCACCACCACUAGUUCUGCUACCAUAAUCACUGGUGGAUUCUUUAUAUCGCUUUUUUCAUAUAUCGGAACCCUACUCUCUCUCUUCACUUUCAAUCCCUUCUCCAAGCUCACCUCCGACGACUUCUCCGGCGAUACUCCCUCCUGGACUUUUCGAUUUAUCGGUUCUUCUGAUUCCUACUCGUUCCCUUUGUCGACCUCUCAAGCUCGGUUGAGAGUCCACGAAAAUGUCAAGCGCUUUGCUCGCAAUUAUGCCUCUCUCUUCAUCCUCUUCUUCGCUUGCUCUCUGUAUCAAAUGCCUCUUGCUCUUGUUGGGCUGAUAUCAUGUUUGGCGCUUUGGGAUUUGUUCAGAUUUUGGGGUGAUCGAUGGGGAUUAGAUCGAUACCCUCUAUUUCGACUAAGCUUGGUUCGAGUUGCUCAAUGUGCAACUGCCGUUAUCUUAUUCUUCUCCAAUGUUCAAAUGACUCUCUCAUGCGCUCUUGGGGUUAGUUAUGCAGUUUUGAUUUUGCAUGCCUCUUUCCGGAAGCUGACUCCCACCAAGCGAGCUACUGAAGGAGGGAGGUCAAAAUAGAAGGAUCAACAGAAAGAUAUGGUGAUUUUCGGUGGAAGGCCGUUUCUAGGUGUCGUAGCUUGGGCUAAACAGUUUGCUGUAUAGUAUACCAUGUUGCUGAUCUUGAAGAUAUGAACAGAAGAAUUCCAAUUAGUUAUAAGUGUGCUUCGAAUUGUUGUUGUUUUCCAAUUUCACGUGCUUAUGUGAAAUGAGAGAUGUAGCGACUAGUUUUGCUUUUUGUUAUGCUUCUCAAAACUUGCAAGCCUGGUAGGGUUCAGUUGGGUGAAUUUUUGGCAGUGGCUAAUCAUCUUUCAGCAAAUAAUUUCUUCCAGGAAAAAAACUAAAAAUUUUCAAGCUUGGAUGAUACUCUUUUUCGAGUUUGGGAGACAUAAAUUUUUGGUUUUGUUCAGUGGAAUGGUAU